AUGACCGCGGGGGGCCAAGGGCAUCUGCUGGCGGAGGGUUUGUGGAUCCACUUUAGAGUCCGGUCUCUGGUCCAGGUUGAGUCCUGGACCUGGUCUGGUCUCAGGGUCCCAGAGGCAGAUGGCGACGUGUUCAAACAGACGGAUUUUAGCAUAAAUGGGAAACGUGGACAGAAAAUAUAUGAGAAAUAUGGAGUUUUCCUCAUCGCUGUGACGGCCGCUGACAGACGCACUCAAGAUGUCCGCCGCCGCCGCUCCGCUCCAGCGCUCUGCAAACGCCAAUCACCCGGGAAUUACGGCGACAUCAUCACCAAUCACAGACACGACAUCAUCAGCAACCAGCGACGACAUCAUCUGAAUCCAACACUUCUAUCUGAGCGUGAGGAGAAUCAGCCAGAGCCAAGGUCCCUGGCCCCUGGCGGCUCCUGUUGGCCCCUGACGGCUCCUGGAGACAAAGGGGUGCAGCCUUUUAUAGAGCUGACGGGAGAAUGGACUCACCAGCAUGCAAGCAGCCGAGACGAGUUCAUGGACAUUUGGCGAGCAAAGGCCAAGUGUCCCUUGGAGACUGUACAGCAAAAAAUUGAAACGGUAUCGGAAUUGAUGCGUACACAGGUCCAGAGAGGACAGGAGACGACAUCUGUUCCCUAA